GCCGGAGCGAUCUGGAGAACGGCGGAAGCUCCCGGCAGCCCAUGCGCUGCCCGUCAUGGCGGCUGAGGUAAAUGUUGUGAACCUACUUGAGCCAAUAUGGCUUUGAUUAGCCAAAAAAGUUUCCAGUUUUACUCAUCAAGCACAGCAGUAAGCAGGUCUGUUCUGAUGACCUUAAGCAAAAGGUUGAGCUUUAUCAGUGGGCAGCGAAAGCCCCAGAAUGGUAGCUCUGUAGCCAUGAGGAUGCUAUGUUUCAAAGACAAAUCUCAGUAUAUGUUUUGUAGAAAAAAACACAUACAAUUGCAGAUACAGUCUCUUUCUGUUAAUGAACCUGUGCAUCUUUGUGGAGAUACUGAGAGCAGUCUUAAAUCUGGUAAAAGGUGGAUGGAUGAACAGCUGUUUUUCAAGAAACUGAACAGCCUUGGUACAUCAAAAGAGAUUUUUGACUUUCUUAGCUCUUUGGAAAUCAUGUCUGAUAUCAUGGCAUCAGGAGCCCUGCAGAGGAUUUCUGAAGUUGAAGUGGAUAACAGCGGCCUGAAAAACCCUGAAGAAGUGCUAGGGAAUGAUGUUUUCAGGGCAUUGUGCUUCCAAUUUGAAUUUGAAUCCUCAAAACUGUCAAACAUUGGGCUGCUGAACGCAUUGCAAGCUUUGAUAAAACUACGUAUAGACCCGCAGAGUACGCUGAUGGCAAGCUUGCUUUCUGAGGGUGAAGAACGGCUUGGGAAAGGGCAGCUGACUGUUAAAAAUCUGUGUGCUCUUGGAGAGAGUUUGCUUCAGUUGGAAGGCUCAAGUUCCGCAGUUCUGGAACGAAUUGUGAACCACAUGAAAAACAGAGACAUUGAGAAGUGGAGUCCUAGGGAAAUAGUGAUGACUUAUAAGAUGCUGCAGAUGACUGUCGGAGAAGGGGAACAAUUCCAAGACUUGCUAAACAGACUAAACAAUGUCACUUUAACCCUAGUUUCCCAGCUAAGUCCAAAGUUCACAAGGAUAAUACUUAAUUCACUGGUUGUUCUUCAUCAGACUCAGGCAGUUUCCUUAGUUGCAGCACUGUGUAAACAUUCUGUGAAGCAUAUUCCAUAUUUCACAGGUGAUGAACUGGUAAAUGUACUGCAAGCCUUCCUGUACUUCGGACAUCGUGAACAAAUUUUUACAGAGGCUCUGGAAACGCAUGUUCCCAAGUCUGUCUUUACCAUGCAUCCUCAAACUGUCAGCACGGUCAUGCAGUACUGCUGCCAGAAGAUGAUCCUUUCUAAGCCCAUCUUUGAUGCAGUGGCAGAAGUUUUCAUUUCUGAUGCUGACGGGUUUACCACAGACCAGAUUGCUGAUUGUAUUGUACCAUUUGGGAUUCUUAAUUAUCAACCUCCAAGUGCUUCUUCCUUGUUUAGGAAGCUUGAAACCAUCCUGCAUAGUCGCUUGAGUCACUUUCAGCCUCACACCUUGCUGAACCUGCUGCACUCCUGUGUCCUUAUUCAACGUUAUCCAGUAAAUUUUCUGCCAAAAAUAUUUAGUCCCUAUUUUCUGCAACAGCUUCAAGCUCAGCCACCUGGUUUGGACAGAACUGUUGCUUCCCAGCUAACCCAGCUUUUUCUGACUAUUAGCCUGGAAUGCCCAUUUUAUGAGGGGCCCAAACUCCUUCCAAAGUAUCGAGUAAAGAAGUUUUUCAGACGUCACAGUUCUCUAGAUGUUCACCUCCUCAAAAGGGUAAAGACUGGAUUACUUUAUUUAUUGAAAAAAAGAAAGUAUUUUACAUCAGAGGUAUCAACACCGUAUUUCUAUACUGUUGAUAUUGAGAUUAAAUUAGAUGAAGAAGGAUUUGUAUUGCCUGCUGCUCAGUGUGAAGAAGUACACAGACGAAUUGCCCUCUGCAUUGAUGGUCAAAAUAGAUUUUGCAUUAAUAGCCACAAUCUGUUGGGAGAAGAAGCUAUUAAACAGAGACACCUCCAGCUACUUGGCUAUGAAGUUGUGCAGAUUCCAUUUUAUGAGAUAGAAAGCCUACAGAACUGCACAAAAAUGGCAGAAUAUCUACGCAAAAAAAUCUUCCCUCAUACGGACUCAACUGCUGACACUGGAAAAUCAGACUAAAUCAGAAAUUGACAUCCUGUACUGUAAAGUGUACAUACUGUGCAUGGAAGAACGCUUCUGUUUUCUAAAUAACUCCACCUAAGAUGACUUGGGGUGCUGAAUGUGACACCUUCCAAUAUUUGGAACAAUUGCUAUACAAAGAGUAAUAAAGAGCAAUAUAUUUUC